AAGACGACUAUGAUUGGCUGAAGGGCUAAACCCGCCCCAUGGGUGACGUGUCUGCCUAUGGAUAUCAGUUGCCAGAGAAACCUGGCUUUACUAUGGCGGUUGGAGGAGCAGCAGUGAUCACACGUCGGCUGCUGGAAAGAACUGGAUUCUCGAUUCAGGUCAUCAUCAGAAAAGCUAAGUUUGUUAUACAAUAAGGAUCAGGAGAUCUGACCCUGGUUGCAGAACCAUUCCUGUUUGCAGAAUACAGGGUUGUAUUCCCACUUCAUCUUUCCAGAGCAUCCCAGGAGUUCUGUCAGAUUCCACCUGGGAAAUUACUAGGAGUCCUUGGAAGGGAAAGAAGAAAUACUGUUGGUUGGAAUAUAAACAGGGUUGAAUGAGUUCCAGAAAGCAGGCUUCUCAGACUCGUGGACAACAAUCUGCUGAAGAAGACAACUUUAAGAAGCCAACUCGAAGCAACAUGCAGAGAAGUAAGAUGAGGGGAGCUGCCUCAGGAAAGAAGUCGGCUGGUUCACAGUCAAAGAAUCUUGAACCAGCCCUUCCAGGCAGAUGGGGUGGUCGCUCUGCUGAACCCCCUUCUGGUUCUGUGCGGAAGACCAGGAAGAACAAGCAGAAGACCCCUGGCAACGGAGAUGGUGGCAGUACCAGCGAAAUGCCCCAGCCCCCUCGGAAGAAAAGGGCAAGGGCUGACCCCACUGUGGAGAGUGAGGAGGCAUUUAAGAAUAGGAUGGAAGUGAAGGUGAAGAUUCCUGAAGAGCUGAAACCAUGGCUGGUGGAGGACUGGGACUUGGUUACCAGGCAGAAGCAGUUGUUCCAGCUCCCUGCUAAAAAGAAUGUCGAUGCCAUUCUUGAGGAGUAUGCCAAUUGUAAGAAAUCACAGGGAAAUGUUGAUAAUAAGGAGUAUGCAGUUAAUGAAGUUGUGGGAGGGAUAAAAGAGUAUUUCAAUGUGAUGCUGGGCACUCAGCUGCUCUACAAGUUUGAGCGGCCCCAAUAUGCCGAGAUCCUUCUGGCACACCCUGAUGCGCCAAUGUCGCAGAUCUAUGGGGCACCACACCUACUGAGAUUAUUUGUGAGAAUUGGGGCAAUGUUGGCCUAUACACCCCUUGAUGAGAAAAGCCUUGCAUUGUUGCUGGGCUAUUUGCAUGAUUUCCUUAAGUAUCUGGCAAAGAAUUCUGCCUCUCUGUUCACUGCCAGUGAUUACAAAGUGGCUUCUGCUGACUACCACCGCAAAGCCCUGUGAAGGUCUACUGGCCACUCACUAUUGUCUGGUAUCUGUAAACACUUCUGUUUAGUCCUCUCAUUGUAUAAUUGAUGUUCUUUAAAACUGUCGAUGUAAAACAGGGCUUAUGUUUCAGUUUGUUUCCUGUUCGGUUGUAAACAGAAAAUAAAAGGAGUGCCCGGCUCCUUUCCUCAUUUCUAAGUUGCUACCAGUGUAUGCAGUAAUUAGACAAAGAAGAAAUUCAGUAGAACAUUUUAUUGCCUAGUUGACAACAUUGCUUGAAUGCUGGUGGUUCUAUCCCUUUGACACUACACGGUUUUCUAAUAUGUGUUAAUGCUACGUGAUAAGAUGCCCUGGUUCCUAGUGCCAAAGGUUCAACUUAAAUGUAUAUACCUAAAAUCCCAUGCAUUUGUGCUUCUUUUUUUUUUUUUAUGGUGCUUGACGUAAACAGCCCAUCCUCUGCAAAUCCA